UGUAAAACCCUUCAGAGCAUGUGAAGAUGUGUCAACCUGAAGAGCCUCCAGACACUAGAAAACCCUCUGAUUGCCAAACAGAAACAGCAGAGGGUGGGUGGAGUUGUUGGAGGUGACAGGAGGUAGGAGAGGGGAGGGACUCCUGCAGGAGUGAGGAAACAUAUACAGGAAUCUUUCCAAAUCUUUUACAGGUCUAACUCGUCGAGCAUGGCUUUCAAGUCAUUGACACCUGGAGGAAACCUUGAGGGUAAGUUGCAAACAAAAGAGGUCUACAUUUUACUAUGAUAUAAAGUGAGGAAAUGCUGAGAUACAGCAGCACCAUCUGAGUGGACUUGUACAACUCCCUAAAAUGUGAUGGAUCCUCCUGAAAGACGAAAUAGAUCAAUCCAGAGACAAGAUGCAAGCGACUCUGACCUCCACGUGCCUCUUCCUGAGGAUCCAAAUGGAACACAAAUUUACGAGUACCUUGACACCUUUCCAGAAGAUGAUGAACCACAUUUGUAUGAGAGCAUCCCUGGGCUCAUAACUUCAUCCCAGACCAAACCUCCAGACCAUCCUUUGGAUCAUGGAAGAGGAGUUCCUCAGAGUGCCGACCACCAAAACACAAACUGGCCUCCACCAGUCCGUGGACCUCCACCUCCUGCCAGAACCAGGGUUCCUAGUCUUCCUAGUCUUCCAUCUUUGCCAAGCAGACAAGGCAAUGGACCCCCUCCUGUUCCCCCGAGGACACGAUUACCCCUCAGAACAAACCAUCUUUCUUUUGACUCUAUUGAGUCUGCUCACAAAUUUCAUCGUUCCAGGACAGAAGUAAACAAUCAUGAUCCAUGGGCUAUCAAACUAAUAGACACUCCGCAAGGCAGCACCAAGAGUCUGGCUGCUUUUUGUGCUGCAACUUCAAAGUUAAUGUCACGGUACAAGCACACGGACAGCGUUCAUAACUCAGGAGUGGUGUGGGGUCAAUUGUUACAAAUCCACCCUGCCCUGAUGCAGCAGGUGGAAGUGGAUGUCAGUGUGGCUACUGAGUGGGACAAUCACCAGCUUCCCUUCCCCACCACGGUGAACAGGACAGUGAAGAGUCUGAUUGAUGAAAUCUUCCAGCUGCUGGACCUCGCUCCCAACACAAGUGGAGAUUAUGUCUUGAAGCUGUGUGACUCUGAGGAGUACCUCCGAAAUGAAGAGCUGCUGGGUAUGCAUGAGACUGUUCAGAAGUACGCCAAGGUUAAACUAGCAGUGCCCCUCCGACUGCUCCGCUUGAACAACCUCAAACACCGCCUGGUCAGGGAUGUGGAGGACGACAUAAGCUCAUGCCAACUGUACCAGCUCCUGCGUCCUGUCUGCAUCUUCAACACCUGCAAGUUGAGUCUGCAGAAUGUGCUCACCAGCUACAACAGAGAGGUGACAGAGCUGAUGAGGUGUAAGUCUGGGAUGAACGUCAAUGUCCUCGUGGGCUGCGUUCGCUCCAUCAGCAAUCUCCUCGGUGGGCUUUCAUGUCAGGAGCUGGAGGACAGUAUUGGUGGACUCAACCGAAUCAAUCCCAUACCUCUGAGUCAUGAUGAGAUGUCAGAAUGUGAAACUGCCAUGUUAAUGCUCCACAAGGCGCUGCUAAAAGUGCUGCAGAUGUUUUUUGACAACUUCCAUUCAGACUUCAGAUGUCAGGAGUUAACCAGCAACCCACAAAUACACGACACGGAUCACUACACUGAAAUCUUGCAAUUCAAUAUUGCUGCUCUCUACCAACUACAACUCAACUGGAUGACCAAUUAUGAGUGCUUCUCUGUGUCCUGUGACGUGACAUACGGAGCAACAAAGAUCUGUGACACGGGCAUUUCUGAGAACAUCAGCACCGCGUUGUCAUACGGAAACAAGCUCCAGUGUAAUCGCAUGAUGGUGUUCCCUGUUCCAAUAAAUAAUCUGCCAUAUGAGUCCAUGUUGACGUUCUGCCUCAAAGGCUCCAAGCGAGGCAAGAACCCAGAGCUUUUAGGCUGGGCUGUACUACCUCUUUACAGCAACAAGACUCUGGUGAUGGGGACCGUUCUGCUCAGUAUGUCCACACUGGCUGAGCUUCCUGCUCCUCCCUCGCCUGCCCUGUUUGACAGCCACAGACAACCUGUCGGGGUCAUACUGCAGCUCCAGUUUCAAGAUCAGUUUGAGUGGAAGUAUCAGAGGCCCAUUGCCCUGACCGGUUCAAUCAUGUUUACUCAACCUUGUGAGGAUUUGCAAAAGAAAAUGUUGGAUGUCUCUAAGAAACACUGCCUCUGUUUUCUAACGCGAAAUGAAAAGGCUUUCCUCUGGAGCAAGCGUCACUGCAGUGACAAAGGAAGCACUUUCCUCCACCUAGUGCUGGGUGGAGCCCAUCGCUGGCGGCCUGAAGACUUGACAGAAAUCUAUACUGUUGUAGAGAACUGGCCUAUCCAUCUACCUGAGGAGGCCCUCUUCCUGCUCAAUGACAGUUUUCAUGAUCAAACCGUGCGGAAGGCUGCAGUUCACUACUUUGAACAGAUACCAGACGGAGAGCUGGAGUUGUUUCUGCCGCAACUAGUCCAGGCUCUGAAGAGUGAGUGGGAGUUGGAUGGACCUCUGGUGAUGCUGCUGUUGGAGAGAUCACUGAAGAACAUACAGAUUGCACAGCAACUGUACUGGCUGCUGGAGGAUGCCCACACUGACCCCCACUACCAGAGCUGGUUCAGUAAGAUCCAGGCUGCCCUGCGGCACUCCUGCGGCCGGGCGCUGAGGCAGGAGCUGGAACACGAAACCCGCCUGGUGUCUGUGCUCAUACAGGUGGCCGAGAAGGUUCGCACUGCUGAUAAGAUUCGACGUAAGAAUGUUUUGAAGAAAGAAAAGUUGAAGAUUGAGGACUUCUUUAAAGCUGGGGUCAGCUGUCGUCUACCACUGGAUCCUGCAGUUCAUGUGAAGGCAUUGGAUGUGGAUGCCUGUAAGUUUUACAACUCCAAUGCUGCUCCUCUGGGGAUCUCAUUCAUCUGCUCUGACCCUCUGGCCAAGAACAUCAGUGUCAUCUGCAAGACAGGAGAUAACCUGCGUCAAGACAUGCUGGUACUUCAGAUAGUCCGUGUGAUGGACAGGGUUUGGCUACAGGAGGGGCUGGAUCUGCGAAUGAUCACCUACAAGUGUGUUUCUACAGGCAGAGCUCAGGGCCUGGUGGAAGUGGUUCCAGAGGCAGUGACCCUAGGGAAGAUUCAGCAGGAGUGGGGCCUGGGUGGCACCCUUCGUGAAGACACACUGGAGAAAUGGUUCCACAUGUGGAACAAAACUAAAGAGGAUUAUGAGGAGGCUGUGAUGAACUUCAUCCACUCGUGUGCAGGGUGGUGUGUGGCCACCUUCAUCUUGGGGAUCUGCGACCGCCACAAUGACAACAUCAUGCUGAAGCACACUGGACACAUGUUUCACAUCGACUUUGGCAAAAUUAUGGGCAAUGCACAGAAGUUUGGAAGUUUUAAAAGGGACCGAUCACCAUUCAUCUUUACAUCUGAGAUGCAGCACUUCAUCACAGGCGGAGGGCAGAAGCCUCAGCGCUUACAUCGCUUCGUGGAGCUCUGCUGUGAAGCUUACAACGUAAUCCGAGGGCGCUCCGCACUGAUACUCAGCAUGUUGGAGCUGAUGCUACACGCAAGAAUGCCAGAACUGAAGGACUGUAAUGACCUGCAGUAUGUCCAGAACAACCUCAGACCUCGUGACACAGAUCUGGAGGCCACAUCCUAUUUUACAAAGAAGAUCAAGGAAAGCAUGGGCUGUGUGGCAGUCAAGUUUAACUUCCUGACACACAGCAUGGCUCAAGGGAAGAAACAGGAACCGCUAACCCGGAAUGGCAUCCCCGCUCCCAGCACCAACAUCCAAGAAGCUGUCAUCCAGGGAUACACCGUCAGGGGGAAAGAUGUGAUCUAUGACCUCAGAGUAACCAUUCAUGAUGGUUAUCUGACCAGUGAGAAGACAUUCGGGCAGUUUGAGCUGAUCCAUAAGCAGCUGCAGAAACACUUCAUUGAAUCCAUGCUGCCUCAGUUUCCUAGCUGGUAUAAGAUGUCUUUCACGCCAAGCAAGAGGAUGUCUCUACUGAAUAAAUACCUAAAACAACUUUUUGAUGGACCAUGCAAAGGAAAUGAAUUUGUGUGCAGUCUGUUCCUGGAUGGUCCCAACAUAGUCCAAGAAGGUGGUGGGCCAGGAGCCUGUCCUCAAAUCCAGCUCUACAUUUCUUACUCUGACUGUAAACUCACAGUCUUGGUAAAACACCUGAAGAACAUUAAGCAGGCAAAUGGUGCUAACCCUGACGCCUACGUGGUCACGCGUCUAAGACCGGACCCUAAGCAGCGGUCCAAGAAGAAGACAAAGGUGGUUCGCAACAAUGACAACCCCACCUUCAAUGAACUGCUGGAGUACACUUACGUCCCACUGCUGUAUGGGAUGGUGCUGGAAGUGACAGUGAAGAGCAAGAAGACUUUUGUGGCUGCAACCAACAUUAAACUGGAGGAUGAGUUGCUUGACAAGGAGACUUGGUUUCCUCUCGGGAACUGUGCAAUCUGACCUCAGAGAGAGAGCUGCACUGUGGACCUGCUGCCAGCAGGGGGUACAGCCACACUGACAGAAAGAAUGAAGCCAAAGAUUUCUCACACUGUCGGAGUGAGACAAAUUCACCCGAGCCGGGAAACCGUACGCUCUCGUUUGUACCUAUUUAUCAGAUGUAAAUGAACCUCACUCCAGAGCUAACUAUGCUGGCAGUGGAUGUACUUGGAUGAAGUUACAAACCUGAGUUAAAGACUCAGGAAGGAGACUGUUUACUUUGUGAAGAAACACUUACUUUAUGUUCUCUCUUAAAUGUUAAUCAAAUUUUCUAAUAAGACCGGAGGUGGCAUUGAUGUUGAAUGAAGGAACAAAACUUUUAUCAUCAUACUUGCACUCUUUGUUUGUACUUUAACUUUGUUUUCUUUCUGUGAGUCAAAAAAAGUGUCCUUGUUAAUGUGUGUGGUCGAGACCGGCGAUGUGACAGAUUUAAAGAGGAGGUGAUGCAGUGCUAUUAGAAGCUGCUUGUCUGAUACCUGCCCAGACUGAGUGUGUUUGUCCCUUUGGGCUGUGUCAAAUGGAUGUCCUUGACCAGUGGAAUUGGAGGCGGGAGGCGGGAAGGUGAGAGGAGAAGUAGGGGGGGGGAGUGUGUGAGCUGGAUGACAACACUGCGUCUAUGACCUGAGGGGCUGAGUUAACGCUCUCCCCCUCAAUCCAUCCUUUUCCUUAUCCAUCAGUGGCAUUCAAACACAGUCAUGCACAUGCAUGCACAAACACGCAGAGGCAGACACUCACAUUCCCACACAAAUACACCUAAAAACACAGACGCACACACACACACUCUUUGUAAGAGCUAAGGGCAAGCCUUCAUGUUAUCUUAAUGCCAUCCUCCUGACAGGCCCGCUGACCCGUACUCUCCUCCGCCUCAUUCACAGGAUUUAAUGAUGAACGCGGAUAGAAAUAGACCUCCUUGCACUGGAUCUUGUUCAAUAAUGUAUACCUCUGUGAAUGCUAUUUAUAUUAUUCCCUGCCGGGUCUCUCUUGGAGGAAAAAACUGGCUGCUAUUCUUUCAUAGUAGUACUCAUGGAGUAUUAAUACAUCCUGGAAUCACUCAUCGGUUUCAGACCUAAUAGAAGAAUUGUUUUGGAAUAGAUGAUUAACCUGAAACAACACUGUGUUGUUGUGCUCGACCACAAUAAUUACACUUGGAUUAAUUAUUAAACCUGUGAUAAGAAUCUAAUAUCCCACUCCAGGGAUUUCUCCAGCACAUAGUUUUUCGUCGUCAGAGUGUCUUUUCAGCCCUGCUGGAGCCUUCUGGUCUUUUCCUCUGCAGCGCACAGUGCAGGCAGCAGAGAAAAGCCACAUCUAUUUUCUGACAAUAAAACUGGUAUUUAUAUCUG